AUGACACCUCUCUCUUUAUGCUCCACAGAAUCUGAAAAUGGGGCCCUAGGCUCUGGUUGGCUUAGUGGCAAGAGGAGGAAUGCCCUGCAGAUGCUUUAUAACUUGGACCAGGGUCCCAGCUUGGCCCUGGCUGAGGUGCACCGGCAGCGGCGCAAUCUACUGCGACAUGCCUGCAGCCACCACACACGCAGACAGCGCCUGCUGCAGCCUGAGGACCUGCGGCAUGUGCUGGUGGAUGAUACACACGGCCUGCUCUAUUGCUAUAUACCUAAGGUGGCCUGCACCAACUGGAAGCGGGUGCUGCUGGCAAUGAGCAGCCUCACCAGCCAAGACCCCCAAGCCAUCCCCGCGCAUGAGGCGCAUGCGCCAGGCCGCCUGCCCUCUCUGGCUGACUUCAGCCCCACGGAGAUCAACUGGCGCCUACGCGACUACCUGGCUUUCCUCUUCGUGCGUGAGCCCUUUGAGCGCCUGGCCUCGGCCUACCAAAACAAGUUCAAGAGGCCCUACAGCGCAGCCUUCCAGCGGCAUUAUGGCACGCGCAUUGUGCGGCGCCUGAGGCCGCACCCACACCCAGAUGCGCUGGCCCGUGGCCACGACGUACGCUUUGCUGAGUUCCUGGCUUACCUGCUGGAUCCCCGUACGCGCCGCAACGAACCUUUCAAUGAGCACUGGGAGCGCGCCCAUGCACUCUGCCACCCGUGCCGCCUGCGCUAUGAUGUAGUGGGCAAGUUCGAGACCCUGGCGGAGGAUGCGGCCUUCGUGCUGGGCCUGGUGGGUGUACCUGGCUUGCACUUCCCUGCGCCACCGCCCCGGGCCAAGGCAGCCACAACCCACCACCAGGCCAUGCGCCUCUUUCAGGACAUCAGCCCCUUCUAUCAGCGGCGCCUCUUCGACCUCUACAAGAUGGACUUCCUGCUCUUCAACUACUCUACCCCUUCCUACCUGCGGCUGCACUAG